AUGCGACGAGUUGGCGGCCAGAGCACCAGCGCACGAAAUAACAUCUUCAUAUCGUCGUCGACGUCGCCGUCGUCGUCUGAGGAAUUUAAGACCCCGCCAACAUCUGCGGGGGAUGAGACACCCGUGCGGACGACUCAUCGGGGUGUCACCACACGACGACGGCAACACCAACAACAACAGCAACCACACCAGCAGGACGUCGACGAGAUACCACUACCGGAGAGCUUGGAUCAAGAGGGGCUGCGGGCUCCUCUGUUGCUGUGUGUCGUCGCGCUGGCAGCCUACGUCGCUGCCGUACCGGACCCACACCCCGCACCCGGUCCGUACCCCGCACCCGGUCCGUACCCCGCACCCGACUUAUACCCCGGACCACAACCGGGUCGCGGUUCGAAGACGGUGAGACAGGCGCCGGCUCCUCGCCCCCGUCACGCGGCUUAUUCAAAUAACAUGGGCGUUUGGUAG